GCCAACAGCUGAUAGGAAGGCAGAACUGACGCGCAGCUCCCAAGCUUCUUUUACCUUACACCGGAGCUUCGCUACCUUCGCUGCCUUCGCUACAUCUCCUACGUACCUCUCCAUCAGCCUUACAUCUUCAUAUUCCAAAAACAACAAUCCCAUUCAUCACACUACUCCGGCCACCAAUCCGUAUUAAAUCAACCAUAUUUGCCGACCGUCUCUCUUUACACCCCCCAAAUUUCCAAUAUGGAUCAUCGACCACAAGCUUGGGGCCGUCCCAGGGACGACGUCUACGGCGCCUACGAUGCCUCAUACAUGCAGACCAACGGUCCCAACCAGCACACUCAGUCACCCGUCGUAACAGGAACAUCAGUCGUAGCGAUGAAAUUCAAGGAUGGUGUUGUCAUGGCUGCCGAUAACCUAGCAUCCUACGGUUCCCUAGCCCGCUUCACCGACGUAAAGCGCAUCCGCACCUUCGCCGACACCUCGCUCAUCGGGUUCGGAGGCGACGUAUCCGACAUGCAAUACCUCGACCGUCAUCUAACCGAACUCGGCAUCGACGAAGCGUACCAAGCGUCCGCCGCGCACACCCUAAACGCGCGCUCACUUCACAAAUACCUAUCCAAGCUUCUCUACCACCGGCGUUCAAAAUUCGAUCCUCUGUGGAACCACCUCCUAGUCGCCGGUCUCGACGACGAAGGCAAGCCCUUCCUCGCCGCCGCCGACCUGUUGGGCACAACAUUCACCUCCCCGUCCCUAGCAACCGGUUUCGGAAGUAUGCUCGCCCAGCCCAUUAUGCGGCGGUACGUCCCCGACGAAGAGUCCGUGGCCAAUGUAUCCCGCGAGCAGGCGUUAGAGGUGAUCCGCGAGUGCAUGAAAGUGUUAUUCUACCGCGACGCGCGAUCCCACGACUCCUACUCUCUUGCCGUAGUCACUAAAGACGGCGUCGAGGUUUCCGAGAACGAGAAGUUGGAGAAGCAGAGCUGGGCGUUUGCUGAUCGUAUCAAGGGAUAUGGUACGCAGACCGUAUAAGGCGCCAUGUGUCUAUCUAUCUAGCCGGGCAUGCUUCUUUUAAGCCUACUACUAGCUUUCGACAAAACUAUUGUUAUGCGGAUGGAUGAUAAGGUCCUAUCCAUCUAAACAAAUGAAACGGUGAAAUCAUCCGUCUAAAGAAAACAUAAUGAAAUGCAAGGAUACUAUUAUACAUGACACGGUCGCAAUGGAUUCUCGAUCAUCCAUAGAGAAGAGAAGCAGGUGGCAGGCAGCAAGAGAUUUAUGUAACACUAGACUAAAGAUUCAUGAACGUUGGUAGCUGCUUUAAAGAAUAAUGUGCUGUGUUUUCGUAGCAUUCUCUUGAUCUAAGAAACCCGUUGUGCUCUAAUAUAGUAAACUAGUCAGCCACCGGUACUUUUGUGGUGUACACCUCGUAAAUUUCUUUGGAAGUACCAUGGUUCAUUUCUACUCAGGUAAUAUUUCACGAAUAUUCUCAAGACUAAGAAACUCAAUGGCAAAACAAAUGAUACUUGUAUUUCAU